UAACCUCUGAUAAGCAUGUCGGUUUACUUCAAUAAGGUGAUCUGUGUUUUGGGUGAAACUCUGGAACCGCUAGACGAUGAUGGCAUCAUCCCAGCCUACGGCUUCGGGGACAAGGGCACACCUGACCGGAAGUUGUUCCCCCUUAAACCAGAGAACGACUGUGAUGGAUUUAUGGAGGUGAUGGACGUGUACAAUCACGUGACUCCGGGUCUGAAGCUGGGGGGACCUACAAAUCUUGCGCCUCUCAUUGACGAGGCAGUACACAUCGUAAAGAACACCAAAAAGUACCACAUCCUUGUGAUAGCAACGACAGGGCAGCUAGCAUGCCAAGCGGAAACAGUCGCCUCCAUCGUCACUGCAUCCAACUUCCCCCUUUCCAUCGUUGUCGUAGGAGUCGGGGACGGUCCAUGGGACGCCAUGAACGACUUUGAUGACCUACUUCCGGAGAGGAUAUUUGAUAACUUUCAGUUUGUGAACUUCCACAAAGUAAAGCAAGGCGCUCGGAACCCACAGGCGUCUGUGGCGCUCGCUGCCCUUAUGGAAAUUCCCGAUCAAUACAUGUAUAUAAAGGACUUGAAACUCGUGGAGAAACUCUCUUGAAUUAUGCUUUAUUUGGAAAAAAGGAUUUGAGCUACACAUCGAGCUAUGGAUUGUUAAAGAUGCACUCCUACUCCCAAAUCAGAUUUAGUACAAUUCAUACAAUAAAUAUACCAAACAGGGUGAAUAAAUGUCGAAAACAA